AUGUCUCCAUCUUACCUCCUCCAACACGAAUUCAACACCUCAUGGACGCCAUUAGCACAGCGGUAUUCACUCUGGUUAUACCGCGAGGUGGGAUGGGAUCCCAACCAGGUCAUGGGUGUACCAGUUCUGUUCAUCCCCGGAAACGCUGGCUCGUCGCACCAAGUCCGGUCCAUCGCGUCCUCUGCUACAAGACAAUAUUUUUCGUCUCCUUUUGUCAUCUCCAGCGAAUUUACGGGUCGUGGAAUUCAGUCGCUAGACUUUUUUGCUGUGGAAUUCAACGAAGACCUCUCGGCGUUCCAUGGCCCUACUAUUGAGUCACAGAUCGAAUAUUCUGCCGCGGCAAUACGUUACAUCCUUUCGCAUUAUCCCCCUAAUACCCGAAUCAUUGUGAUGGGUCAUUCUAUGGGCGGCAUCGUAGGGACCGCUCUUCUCCCAUCCGACGAUAUAUCUGCAUUAAUAACCAUGUCCACUCCCCACACACUACCGCCCGCACGCUUUGACGCCCGCAUCGAUGAGAUAUACCAACGAAACGCUGAAUCUUUGACGAAUGACCCGACGCCCAUCGUCUCGAUUUGUGGAGGGGCGACAGACAUGAUGAUUCCGUCUGAGUCUUGCAUUCUGCCAGAUCCUGGGGAUGCGAAUCCAGGACGUGCUAUGUAUCGUCGUACUGUCUUCACAUCUGCACUGGAGGGUGCAUGGACUGGGGUUGGUCAUCGCGAGAUGGUGUGGUGUCAUCAGGUGCGAUGGCGGGUUGCUCGUGCUGCUCUUGAGCUUGGAGGAGCGCAUUCCGAUGUGGACAUGGCAGAUGUGAUGGACACUUGGCUUAAUAGAAAUGGUCAUCUUCCUCCUGCAACAGGCAUAGGCAUCCCCGAGGCAGCGACCUACGAGGCUCUCCCCGAGGGUAUGGAUUUGGUCUUGAGAAAACCUGCUGGAUCUCGGACAUACCUUCUCCCUAUCCCGCGUACUCUUGAAGCGAACGCUACGUUUGUUUUGUUGGUAUCACGAGGCGGCAUAUCGCCCAUCGCACCUCAGCAUUCAACCAAACUUCAGGCAUCGCCUUUCUUUUGUGUUGGACGCGCGACAUCGUCGACAAUACAACAAUCUGCAGAGUCUGUCUCGUGUGUAUCGCUCGAGCCUAGUACUCUGAAGCUCUUGCCAAGUCCCAUUCCGGGAAAACCUUUUCCAGUACCAGAUGAAGGGUCUGACGAGAGCGAGGGCGUCGUCCUUUUCGAGGCUACGGUACCACGUACACCUAGUGAUGCGGAUGACGCUUGGAUUGGUGUCCAUGUUAACGCUGCUGGUGAAGAUGGUUGGGUUUUCGGAGGAUUUGACGAGACUCGGACUUUUCAAAGUGAUAUUGGCGUCUUUGACAUCGUUGCUGGUGGCGCAAAGCUCUCGCUGCAACCUACCGAGCGGAGUUUGAUGCGAAGGCACAUUACCUUUCCGAAGUUGCUCUCGAACGCGCUCGUCGUAUACACACUCACUCCACGAUUAGUGCGUUCCACGACGUCUUGUGCACAUUCAUCGUCCUUGCUUCCCCCGCUUUUGGUGCACAAAUCUCAUCCAGCAGAAACUCAUUAUUAUCGCCUUGGACAUGAGACAUCGGUCGCACUCCAUACACAUGCAUCAGCACCAUUCAUACCCCUCUCACGAUUUUCUCCGUCCUAUAGUUCAGAGGUCUGGAUAUACUCGGUCGGCACCGGCUGCGAAGAUGUUAACGAAUUUACUUUGACUAUCGACUGGUGGGCGACAAUCGGGAGGAUUGCUACUAGGUAUCCUACCACCCUGGUAAGCUGGGCUGUAGGUGUGGUUGCGCUGUUGAUGUUCCACGCAUGGCGCGAGAGUGGCAAGGGUUCAAUGCCGAGUGUGUCACAAUCGUUGGUCGCCUUCAUCCGUCACCUCCUGCCCAAAUCGCUUGCUGCAUCCUUCGUUGUAGCCCUGUUACCCUUGAGCCCUGGCUACUACUUAGGAACUCGAGGGGAGCCAUUUCUUGGAUUACUUGCGCCAGUCCUGCUGGUUGUCGCCACAGGUCUAGUAUGUGCCAGCUGGUGGCUCAUAUUACUCCUCAUGUGGCCCUUAAGAUUUAUUUCCCGGUUGCUGCCAACGACGAGUAGGCGAUACGAUGACCUGAGCAUGCCGCGAAGCACCGUCAUCUCUCUCAUUUUCAUCUCUUUUCUAGUAUUCCUGUUGGUCCCAUGGCAAAUUGCAUUUAUGGGGUGCUGGUUUAUCCAUUUGCACACAUGUGCGAGCUCAGUGCAUCGGAAGCCUUACCCUGGCUCUGUGCCUUCUCUCCGAAGCACACCCAUCGAAUCGCUUCCGCUGCGUGAGCGCCUUGACGGUCGCAAAGAUGACAUCAAAGAGACUGAAGAAAUAGAGCCCUCUGAAGAACCUGAAAUUCAGGACGUGUGCCUGAUUCAGAGUUUGGCUACUGUCACCGAUACUCUGGAUGGUACUCAAGCUUACCAUGAGAAUACGCAUCUCCUAUUGCUGAUAACUUGGCUUCUGCCCUUGUCGAUGCCUGUGCUCGCGGUUUGGGUGCGAACCCUUAUGACUGCUGGUUACACGACUCCUUUCAACGGCGACCACAAUGUUUUCAAGGUUGCACCGUUCCUUGUGCUUGUUGAGUCCGCAAGUUGCAGAAAAAGUGUUUUGUCAUCGCACCAAAGUGGGGGAUCAUACCUUCACUGGGGAUACCUCAUCGUCGCCUGUGUGUCAUUCUUGCUAGGCUCUCGAGAGGCAUACAGGGUGUUCGAUGGUGUCAACGCAUUGCUACAUGAUGGUUCAAAGGCUGCGGGUAUUCACUUUUGCUAA